GCCACUGUGAGAGGGACACACCUUGCGCUGAUUUUGCCACGGUUUACACGGGGAUGCGUUUUGGUUCACGAAAGGGUGUCAUCAGUCCAAGAUUUGAGUCGCGCUUCAUAGCCUGCCUCGCAAUCGCAUAGGUCGCAAUUUCUGCGAUUUUUUUUUCUUUUUCUUUUUGCGCAUAGGUUAGGAGGCUGCUCCUCUCCAGUUCGAAGAUGACUGGGGUUUUUGAGAACUUAAAUACUGAUAUGCAUUCGAACCAGAUUACCUCAAGCAAUUACCACAGCUUGCACAAAUCGCAGGAGUCCCCGACUCUACCGGUGUCCACGGCGACGGACAGCAGCUAUUACAACAGCCAGCAGCCUGGGCAUUGCGCCGGGUCACCGUUUGGACAGCUGGGCACUUACCAGUACCACGGCAGCGCCACGAGCUCUGUGCCAUAUAACGCAAAGUCAUAUGACCUCGGUUUCAACUCAUCGUAUGGCACAUACGGUUCUUAUGGUUCCAACUCCUCGCCUACUCCAGCAGAUGCAGAGAAAGAAGAGAGCGAGCCAGAAAUCCGGAUGGUUAAUGGAAAACCAAAGAAGGUCAGGAAACCUCGAACCAUUUAUUCCAGCUUCCAACUGGCUGCACUUCAACGGAGGUUUCAAAAGACGCAGUAUUUGGCUCUACCAGAACGGGCCGAGCUGGCAGCGUCGCUGGGCCUUACGCAAACACAGGUCAAAAUCUGGUUCCAAAAUCGGCGUUCCAAGUUCAAGAAGCUGUGGAAAAGUGGAGAAAUCCCCCCAGAACAACAUGUUGCUUCCAGUGAAUCUCCCCCGUGCACGUCUCCACCAACAACUGCCUGGGACUUUCCACAGACUCAAAGAAUGAACAGUGUCAGCUCUAGUUUACCUCAGAGCAGCAGCCCUCCCAAUACGACUGCGCCUUCGUCCUUUUUGGCAAACUACUCCUGGUACUCAACUACGAACUCUACCACGCAUCUGCAGCCUCCUCUGGUCCAGCAUCACCACAACUCCGCCAUAAGCGCUGGGACGAUAUUCUGAAAUAAAAGAGAGCGAGAGAGAGAGAGAGAGAAACAUCGGGUUUAAAUCGGACAAUACUGGUGAAUAAAGAAAAAAAAUGCCAUUACUUUCAUUUUGCAGACCUCGUGCGUGCACCAUUCAAACUUUACACGCAGCAUCUAGGAGAUUUCAUGGAGCCAGACAGGUUUAUGGACCUUGCCAGAUUUCGUGCUUACAAAUGGUAGACUCAGAUUCCUACAGUUAUUUUUGUAUUUAUUUAUUUUGUUUAUGUGAGGGGAUGAAUGAACCACUAUUACCCAAAGCAAUCACAGCCUAGGCGCAAGCCUAUAUACUUUUACUCGGACAUCACUUUUUUCUUUUUUUUUUUAAAUUUAUUUGAUUUUUUGCCAUUCCUGCAAAAUAAAACAUGAAUCGCAGGGCAACCUGUCACAAAUGUAGCACAAGUUAACUGUAUGGUGCCUUUUUGCAAUAUGACCUCAUUUUGUUGUGCGAUAAAAAACCAGCUUACCUUUUUCCAUUCCUCACGUAGUUCAUUUGAAUAUUUCGGGGGUUAAGUGUUCAAAUCCAUGUUUGUAAAUAUUUUACAACAGAGUUUUUUUUUCUUCUUUAAAUAGCCCACGUCGCUUUGACUUUUUUAUUUUAUUUUUCUGGCUAUCCAUCCAUUAACCACCGUGAGCUACUGAUUGUCCUCCCCUCUGACUUGUAUCAACAAGGAAUUGUAUUUUUUUUUUUUUUGGUCUUAUUUAUUUUAGCAGUGUUCCAUAUAUGGUCAGACCUUAUUUAAAUAAAAUGUU